AUGCGACCUCAACUGGGCGGUGACGCCCUGCCUCCUACUGUCAAGCCGCGGUCUCGCAAGUCAAGCGUGGAUCAUCCUGCCGCCCCUUCGAGCAAUGUCCCCACUACCUUUGUCAUGAAACGCGUCGGGGAUUUGGAGCAUACCAUGGCUCCUCACAGUGCAACUUCUACAGCGAAACAGCAAGAUAACAACUUUGGAGUACAAAGUCUUGCAGAUACUCUAGACGCUGCCUUUGGCCCAGAAGGUACAGCAGCUGGCGCAGAGACAGAAACAGCUAGCAAGACACUGCAUCAGGGUGCGAAGAGUUCAAGAUCCGAAUCCCACAGCUCUUCGACAGACUCAGUUCCACCACAAGAUAAAUCCAGAACCACUUCGGUACGGAAACUGAGGAGGAACUUCACCAACCAUGACUCGAUUACUCACUUUAAACUGCCCGUCACGAGCGCCGACAUCCCUUCUCCACUCCCCACAUCCGCCAUGGGGAGCACGCCCAGGUCGGCUUCUAUUGUUUCCCUCAAGCUGUCCGACGAGGAAUCUACUAUGGAUGAUGCCGUGAGCCAGGCUGUUGUCUCAAGUGGAGAGGAGGAAGAGCAGAUGGAGACGCAACAGGAUACUAUGAGCUUUCCACAGCUCGUCAUGCCUGAGAUGCAGAUGCCUACCAGAAGACCUUUCACAACAAAGGGAAAAGCUAUGGGGAAGCUCAGAGUUAUGGUGGCGGGUGAAACAGGUGUCGGCAAGUCCUCUCUCGUUCGAUCCAUUGUCCAGGUCUGCGAAGACAUCGUGCACGUAGAUCCGCUAUCACCCUCCCAAUCGUAUGCGCAGCCACGCCCCCCGAAAUCUAAGUCUCGUACAAAGAAAGCAGAGCACGCAGUUACAACACGAGUGACUGAAAUCCAUGCAAGCACGAAGCCUUAUCCCCACUGGUGGACUGAUGCCGAAGAUAGUGGCGUACUGCGAAGAAGAAAGAGCAGUAUUGACACCGUACUCGAAAGAAACAUCUGUUUCGUAGACACACCCGGCUAUUCGCAGGGUUCAGCGGACAAAGACAUUGGCAUGGUGGUAGACUAUGUUGAGUCAAUGCUAUAUCAAACAUCAUCCGUAACAACCUUAGAAGACAAUGAUGUGCUUGGAGUCGUCAGUGGUAGUGGGGGUGUCUUAGUUGACCUCGUGAUAUAUUUGUUACCACCGCAUACAGACAUAGCGAAAGACAUUGAGUAUAUGCAACGAUUAUCGUACUUUACCAACGUUGUGCCUGUCAUCGCAAAAUCAGACAUUCUUUCGGCACAGGAAGUAGUGGCUUUGAAGACAUCUAUCCUCGCCCGCCUGCAGACCACUGCUGUCAGACCAUUUUUCUUCGGAAAGGCCAUGGACGACGCAUUACUUGCCGUGCAAGGCCUUCCGAUUGCCAGGACGUCGUCAUCUGGAGAACCAAGCGAAGCAGCCGAAUAUCCCUUCACUACACCGACAUAUCCUUACGCAGUCUCUUCGACAUCUGGCCCAGACAAUGACAACAUGGACGCAUCGUUGCUAAUGUCGCCUGACUACGUGCAGCCCCUUCUGCCUUCCGAACUGGCUGCGUUAGUAACCCAAGUCUUCGACCCGGAAUCUAUUGCCUGGCUUCGGCAUUCAGCAGCGAAGAAGUUCCUAGCAUGGCGACGUAGGACGAAGCUACCAGGAGAUUCCAUGAUGAUGCAAGGUCUGGCUCAACCGCGCAGUCCAACAACAGCUUCAGUGGGACUAAAUGGGGGCAACAUGAAUUCAUCCGUAGCAUCUUCAGUCUUCUCUGCCACGUCACCAUCUGGUGUCUUGGUACCAGGCUCUGGGUCUCCGUUCUACCCUUCGAACCUCCAAUCCCCACUCCUCGCAUCCUCACCCUCGCUCGCAAACUCCGACACCCUCGAGCCCCCAGGCAACUUCUCUCUCGCGAGAUACAACAAUGCCAGACAAGGGGAACAAGGCCUUAGUGAGAUAAGGAUAGCAAGAUGGGCAACAGACCUCCAGCGCAGUCGCCGCAACGAAAGGGAACGGUUGGAGGAACUACAAAACAAUGAUAGGGCGAGAUGGCUACUUGAACGUGUCGGCGAAGAGGUAUCCAAGGGUACAAUCGUCGCAUCACCGGGCGGUCCACCCAGAGCUGAGUGGGCAGUCCGCCACGGCGAUGAAAAGAAAAGUAAUAAAGUCAGUCAUCGGUAUGCAAAAACUGUUGGAUUGGACUCGCGGGAUCCGCUUGGCCUGUGUAACUUUGGCGAUGAGCUCAGGAGACAGAGUUUCGUGCUCGUUAAGGUUCUAGGAGGUAUCAGUGUGCUGGGCGCUGUUGCUGUGGUGGUUUGUAGGGCAUGUGGAAUUGAGACGGGGUUGCCGCAUGGUGGGUGGUGGGAGUGGAUCACUGGGGCUGAGUAG